GAGCGACGGCCCUGCACCGAGGAGGAGGAUCUGGCGAGCGCCUCCCUCGCUGCCAAGCGCGGCGCACACGGAGCAUGGAGCCUGCCUGAGCCACUCCGCGGGCAGCUGCUGCUGCGGCACAACAUGGAGGCGGCGGUGCCGCGGCGGCGGCGGCUGCUGCUGCUCCUGCUGGCCGCCUCGAUGCUUCGAUGCAACUUGGGCUCGGUCGGGGCUUCUCCUCUGUUGCUUUUUGCUAACCGUCGAGAUGUCAGACUGGUGGAUGCUGGAGGAGUGGAGUCUACUAUCGUUGUCAGUGGUUUAGAGGAUGCUGCUGCAGUUGACUUCCUGUAUUCACAAGGUGUCAUUUAUUGGACAGAUGUGAGCGAAGAAGCCAUCAAACAGACGUAUUUUAACCAAAGUGGUAACAUGGUACAGAAUGUCAUUGUUUCAGGCCUGGUUUCCCCAGAUGGACUGGCAUGUGACUGGAUUGGGAGAAAAUUGUACUGGACAGAUUCUGAAACUAAUAGGAUAGAAGUUGCUAAUCUCAAUGGAACAUCUAGAAAAGUUCUCUUUUGGCAAGACCUUGACCAGCCAAGGGCAAUAGCCCUGGAUCCAGCUCAUGGAUAUAUGUAUUGGACAGACUGGGGGGAGACGCCUAGAAUAGAACGUGCUGGAAUGGACAGCAGUGUUCGUGAAAUAAUAGUGGAUUCUGACAUUUACUGGCCUAAUGGACUUACCAUAGAUCUUGAGGAACAGAAGCUUUACUGGGCAGAUGCAAAACUGAGUUUCAUUCACAGAGCAAAUCUGGAUGGCUCCUUCAGGCAAAAGGUUGUGGAAGGUAGUCUGACUCAUCCGUUUGCACUGACACUGGCCGGGGAUACACUCUAUUGGACUGACUGGCAGACUCGCUCUAUUCAUGCGUGCAACAAAAGGACUGGAGAAAAAAGGAGGGAAAUACUGAGUGCACUUUACUCUCCAAUGGACAUCCAGGUUUUGAGUCCUGAUAGGCAACCAUAUUUUCAUACACCCUGUGAAGAUAACAAUGGUGGCUGUUCCCAUUUGUGCCUUUUGUCUCCACGAGACCCUUUUUACAGCUGUAACUGUCCCACUGGAGUCCAGCUAGAAGAAGAUGGCAAGACCUGCAAAGCAGGUGCUGAAGAAGUACUUUUGCUUGCCAGGAGAACAGAUUUACGAAGGAUUUCGUUGGAUAUGCCAGACUUUACUGAUAUUAUUUUGCAGAUAGACAAUAUUAGGCAUGCUAUUGCAAUAGACUAUGAUCCUGUUGAAGGUUAUAUAUACUGGACUGAUGAUGAUGUCAGAGCCAUUCGUCGGGCUUUCCUUGAUGGAUCUGGAGCCCAGACACUUGUGACAACUGAAGUAAAUCACCCUGAUGGAAUAGCAGUGGACUGGGUGGCUAGAAACUUGUACUGGACUGACACUGGAACAGAUCGCAUUGAGGUUACACGGUUGAAUGGGACUUCAAGAAAGAUCUUAAUAUCUGAAAAUUUAGACGAACCCAGAGCAAUAGUACUCAAUCCAGUGAUGGGCUAUAUGUACUGGACAGACUGGGGUGAAAAUCCGAAGAUUGAAUGCGCUUAUCUGGAUGGCUCAGAGAGGAAGGUCUUGGUGAACACUUCUCUAGGGUGGCCUAAUGGUUUGGCACUGGAUCUUGAAGAAAGCAAACUGUAUUGGGGAGAUGCAAAAACUGACAAAAUUGAGGUGAUAAAUAUGGAUGGUACCAUGAGAAAAACUCUAAUUGAAGAUAAGCUUCCACAUAUAUUUGGGUUUACUUUACUUGGAGACUACAUCUAUUGGACAGACUGGCAGAGGCGAAGCAUUGAAAGAGUUCAUAAAAUCCGAGCAAGUAGGGACAUAAUCAUUGAUCAGUUGCCAGACUUGAUGGGCCUUAAAGCAGCAAGUGUCACCAAAGCAGUUGGAACAAAUCCAUGUGCUGAGAACAACGGAGGCUGCAGCCACCUGUGUUUCUUCACACCUCAGGAGUUCAAGUGUGCCUGCCCCAUUGGUUUGGAGCUACUUAGUGAUAUGAAGACUUGCAUCAUUCCAGAAGCCUUCCUUGUCUUCACCAGCAGAGCAGCCAUUCAUAGGAUUUCUCUUGAAACAAACAAUAAUGAUGUAGCUAUUCCUCUUACUGGUGUCAAAGAAGCUUCUGCUCUUGACUUUGAUGUGUCUGACAACAGAAUCUAUUGGACAGAUAUUAGUUUAAAGACGAUAAGCAGGGCUUUCAUGAAUGGAAGUGCUGUUGAGCAUGUGAUUGAAUUUGGAUUGGAUUACCCUGAAGGAAUGGCAGUAGACUGGAUGGGAAAAAACCUUUAUUGGGCAGAUACUGGAACUAACAGAAUUGAAGUGGCACGCCUGGAUGGCUUGUACCGACAAGUUCUUGUGUGGAAGGAUUUAGACAACCCAAGAUCUCUGGCCCUUGACCCAUCUAAAGGGUACAUGUACUGGACAGAAUGGGGAGGCAAACCAAAGAUUGUUCGGGCUUAUAUGGAUGGAACAAACAGCAUCACUCUAGUGGAUAAAGUAGGACGUGCCAAUGAUCUCACUAUUGAUUAUGAAGAUCAAAGACUCUAUUGGACUGACCUGGACACAAGCAUGAUUGAAUCAUCAAAUAUGCUAGGGCAAGAACGGGAAAUAAUAGCAGAUGAUCUACCUCAUCCUUUUGGACUGACUCAGUACAGUGACUUCAUCUACUGGACAGAUUGGAACCUUCACAGUAUAGAAAGAGCUGACAAGACAAAUGGGAGGAACCGUACACUAAUUCAGGGGCGUUUGGAUUUUGUGAUGGACAUAUUGGUCUUUCAUUCUUCACGGCAGGAUGGCUUGAAUGACUGCAUGCAAAAUAAUGGUCACUGUGGACAGUUGUGCCUUGCCAUACCAAAUGGCUAUAGAUGCGGAUGUGCAUCUCACUAUGCCUUGGAACCCAACAGUCGGAACUGCAGCUCACCCAGCAGUUUCUUGCUGUUCAGUCAGAAGACCGCAAUUAGUCGAAUGAUACCAGAUGAUCAGCAGAGUCCAGAUAUCAUCCUUCCUAUUCAUGGUUUAAGAAAUGUCAAGGCUAUCGAUUAUGAUCCCUUGGAUAAAUUGAUCUAUUGGGUGGAUGGACGGCAAAAUAUUAUUAAAAGAGCCAAAGACGAUGGCACUCAGCCUUUCACAAUCAUGAGUACUCCCAAUCAAAGCCAAAAUCCAGAGAAGCAGCCACACGACCUGAGUAUUGAUAUUUACAGCCAUACUUUGUACUGGACCUGUGAAGCCACGAAUACAAUCAAUGUCCACAGACUUAAUGGGGAACAGACUGGGGUGGUGCUUCGGGGAGACCAUGAUAAACCAAGAGCCAUUGUUGUAAAUGCUGAGCGAGGAUAUAUGUAUUUCACCAAUAUGCAAGAACGAGCCCCAAAGAUUGAGCGUGCAGCCCUGGAUGGCACAGAACGAGAGGUGCUCUUCACCACUGGCUUAAUCCGACCAGUUGCUCUAGUGAUUGACAACAAGCUUGGGAAACUCUUUUGGGUGGAUGCAGAUCUCAAACGAAUUGAAAGCUGUGAUUUAUCAGGGGCUAACCGUGUGACGCUACAAGACUCCAACAUUCUUCAGCCGAUGGGGUUGACAGUGUUGGGUAAUCAUCUAUACUGGAUUGACCGUCAACAGCAGAUGAUAGAAAGAGUUGAGAAAACUAAUGGAUAUAUGAGGACCAGAAUACAAGGACGAAUUGCUCACCUGACAGGCAUCCAUGCUGUAGAAGACAUCGACAUGGAGGAAUUCUCCGCACACCCAUGUUCUCGAGAUAAUGGUGGAUGUUCACACAUCUGUAUAGCAAAAGGAGAUGGAACUCCAAGGUGCUCUUGCCCAGUUCACUUGGUACUCCUACAGAACCUCUUAACAUGUGGAGAACCUCCAACAUGCUCUCCAGAUCAGUUCACAUGUGCAACUGGAGAGAUCGACUGCAUCCCCAUGGCAUGGCGAUGUGAUGGAUUCUCUGAAUGCGAUGAUCGGAGUGAUGAGGAUAGUUGUCCAAUAUGUUCAUCAGCCCAGUUUCAGUGUGAGAAAGGGCAGUGCAUUGAUGCUCGGUUGAGAUGUAAUGGAGAAAUAGACUGCCAGGAUAAAUCUGAUGAAGCAGACUGUGACACAAUUUGUCUCCCAAAUCAGUUUCGAUGUGCCAGUGGCCAGUGUAUCCUCACAAAACAGCAAUGUGACUCAUUUCCAGAUUGCAUUGAUGGUUCUGAUGAACUUGCAUGUGCAAAAAGUAAAUCCUCUUCAGAUGAGUCUCAACCCCACAGUAGUGCCAUCGGGCCUGUCAUUGGUAUAAUUUUGUCUCUCUUUGUCAUGGGAGGAAUGUACUUCGUUUGCCAGCGAGUGGUAUGUCAGCGCUAUGCUGGGCCAAAUGGACCUUUCCCACAUGAAUAUGUCAGUGGUACACCUCAUGUCCCUUUAAAUUUUAUUGCUCCAGGAAGUUCUCAACAUGGCACUUUUACAGGUAUUUCAUGUGGAAAAUCUAUGAUUAGCUCCAUGAGCCUCAUGGGAGGAAGCAGUGGUGCCCCUCUUUAUGACAGAAACCAUGUAACGGGGGCCUCCUCUAGUAGCUCGUCCAGCACUAAAGCCACUUUCUAUCCACAGAUACUCAACCCACCACCUUCACCAGCAACUGAUCGCUCCUUGUACAACACAGAAAUGUUCUACUCAUCAAACAUUCCUUCAACAACAAGAUCUUAUAGGCCAUAUCUUAUUAGAGGUAUAGCUCCACCAACAACCCCAUGCAGCACUGAUGUAUGUGACAGUGACUACACCACAAGCAGGUGGAAAGCAAAUAAAUACUACAUAGAUCUAAAUUCAGACUCAGACCCUUAUCCUCCUCCUCCUACACCUCGCAGCCAGUACAUGUCAGCUGAAGAGAGCUGCCCACCAUCUCCUGCCACAGAGCGAAGUUACUUCCACCUCUACCCCCCUCCACCAUCUCCUUGUACAGACUCUUCAUGAUUUCAGCUGAAGGAACUUUCUUUGUAUGUAAAUAUAUUUUAAAUAUGAACAGAUUUUUUUAAGUAUAUAUAUUUUAUGAUCUAAAAUGGGGUGGGAACUUAACAAAUGUGAAUAAAAAUGGGUGGGUCUGGACUGUGAAAAUUGUACAAUGGAAGAAUAUUUAUAAAGCUGUUUUUAACUUAAUAUCCAUUCUUUUGUGCCAUAUUUGCCUUUGCAUCGAAGCCACAAAAUUAAUUUGACCUCCAAAGGAGGUGGUAAUGGGGAUUAUAAUAUUUGGAGCUUUUUGAAGUCACCAUUUUGAUCAGUAAAGGAAAUGUGCUGGGUU